AUGGCAGAUAUUGAAGCUAUGUUCCACCAAGUGCUCGUGACUCCGGAACACAGAGACGCACUGAGAUUCCUCUGGUGGAACAAUGAACAUAUGUCAGGGCCUCCUGCUACGUACCGAAUGAAGGUGCAUCUGUUUGGGGGAGUGUGGAGCCCUUCAUGUGCAGCAUUUGCUCUACAACGAACAUUCCAGGAUCACGGAAAAUAUCUUCAUGAGGAGAUCCAGAAGGCGAGCCGCAAUUUCUACGUCGACGAUCUACUACACUCAGUAGAAUCCCCGGGCAAGGCUACAAUUGUCAUUCAUAGGCUCAGAAAGUUGUUAAACAAGGGAGGAUUCAGGCUCACAAAAUGGUCCUGUAACCAAAAGAGGGUUCUUAAGGAAGUGCCACAGUCGGAGCAGGCCAUGGGAGUGAAGGAAAUCCUAUUGGGCGACAAGUUGCCCACGGAACGAGCGCUGGGCAUUCUGUGGGAUCUGGAAGAGGACGAAUUAGCGGUGCAAGUCCAAAUACCAAAGAAACCAGAGACGAAGCGAGGUCUCCUAAGCAUGAUCAGCUCUAUAUAUGACCCUUUGGGCUUUCUCGCCCCUAGUGUCAUAAGAGCAAAGAUGAUCUUCCAGGAAGAGUGCAGACGCAGAACAGGAUGGGAUGAGAAAUUAGCUGACAAAACGAUGACAGCUUGGCGAAGGUGGCUAACUGACCUUCCCUAUCUUACGCGCAUACGCGUUCCACGAUGUUAUCGACACGAAUCAACCGGUAGUACGACAGACGUACAACUGCACCAUUUCAGCGACGCUUCUCAGCAUGCCUAUGGCGUGGUGUCAUACCUGAGGAUGACAAAUGCAGAAGGAGCACAUCAAAUCUCUUUGUGUGUGGUAAGGCCAAGCUGGCCCUCUGAAACAACAGACCAUACCCGUCUUGAAUUGUGUGCUGCAGUAUUGGCCACAAGGGCAGACAAACAAAUACGUAAAGAGCUUGACCAAAGAAUCGAUAGAACGACGUUCUGGACAGACAGCACAGCCGUCUUACAGUAUAUUAGAAAUACUGAACGACGCUUUCACGUCUUUGUGGCCAACCGGAUUUCGGCGAUUCAUGAAGAAUCUAACCCAGAACAGUGGAGGCACGUGACCUCGUCAAUAAACCCGGCAGAUGACGCCAGUCGGGGCCUGAACGGAAUGGAGCUCUCGAGGAGCAGCAGAUGGAUUCGAGGGCCAGCUUUCCUCUCUUUAGAUGAAGAUCAGUGGCCGAGGAAUGACUUAGAGGUUCCAAAUCUCACUGAUGAGGACCCAGAAGUGAAAAAAGAAACUACAGUACUGGCAACUAACGUAAGUCAAGGACAGGACAUCCUGGAGAAAUUAUGGAACAGAUACUCCUCUUGGUACAGGCUCCUGAAAGGAGUAGCGUGGAUUAGGAGAUUCCUACAAUGGCUGGUGGGGAAGAAAGAUGGGUCGUGUCAUCAGGGUAACAGACUCUUGGCAAGAGAGGUAGAAGAAGCAAGGCUUGCAGUAUUGAAGUGCCUACAAGGGAAACACUUCUCUCAAGAAAUUAAAACAUUAAAAGGGACACAGUGUGUAAAGCAUGGCGAAAUGAGUCGAUUAGAACCUCAUUUGGGCAUGGAUGGCUUGAUCAGAGUAGGCGGCCGCUUGACACGAGCGGCCCUACAGACAGACCAAAGGACCCCGAUACUGCUACCGAGGGAGGACAGACUCACGGAACUUAUUGUGCAAGAAAUACAUGCCACCAAGACCGGACACUCAGGCCGUGAAUACACACUCGCGGCAUUACGCGAAAACUACUGGAUUCCUAAAUGCCGACGGCUACUUGAUCGCGUGUUACGGAGCUGUGUAACGUGUCGAAGGACCAAUUGGACACACACGAGACAAAAAGAGGCCGAUCUCCCUGAGGAUCGUCUACUCUCUGGAGACCGGCCGUUUACCUAUACAGGUGUAGAUUGCUUUGGCCCUAUCCUGGUUAAACAAGGACGAGGACCCUUAAGAACUCGAUGCGACUGGCACCCUGGCGACAUCGUACUCAUCACGGAUCAACCCCUACCUCGAAGUCAAUGGAUGCUUGGCAGAAUACUAGAAGUGAUACCAAGUGAAGAUGGCUUUGUUCGCCAAGUCAAGGUGAAGACAGAAAACUCUGUUCUCACACGCCCAGUGUCCAAACUUUGCCAGUUAGAAGGCGUCCACCGCAACAACGCCCCAUGA